AGAGAGCUUGGCGGGUGGCGGAGUACGCAUGCGUGGAUUUAUUCCGCCGCCUUUGCUCUCCAGGCUCCAGCUUGCAGCUGUGCUUGGUAAAGCGGGCUUAGAAGAUCCCUCUUGGGCUGGGGAUGAUGGAACUCCCUCCCUCCCUUCCCCGACUCUUUCCAGACACAUCCACUCUAGGACUCACUCCACAGGGCACAAGUUGCAAGUACUGUGGUCAGAGAAGAGCCUGGAGUCAUCUACCCUACCUCCCCUCCAACAUGCCAAAAGCCACAGCAAAAUCAAAAUGAAGACUCUGAGUAGAAAGCAGCCAGCAGUGCAGUCCCAGAGCUCUGGAGAGAUGGCAAACCAAGCAAAGAAUCCGCGAGGGCCGCGGAGAAGGGAGCAAGUGCACCAUGGGAAGAUGCAGGCCAAGCUCCGGCUGAUGCGGUCGAUGCUUCGAAAUCAGCGGACCUCACUCCAGGAGCUCUACAGCCACGAGAGCUUCCUCAGCAAGCUCAACCAGGAGCUGAUCAAGUCCAUCCAGGACAUGGAGGACAGCAUGGCCCUGAGCGUGCGCACAAUGCUGCAGCAGCAGGGCAUUCUCGGGAAUGUCAUCGACAUCUUGGAGUACUCAAACAAGAAGCGUGUGGAGCAGCUGAGGUCUGAGCUCCAGGAGUGGAAAGAAAAGGAGGAGAACAAAACGAACAGCCUGCAGCGGGAGGUUGAACAGCUGCAUGCUGAGAUCCUAAAGGCCCACGAGGAGGUGAGUUUCCUGAGCACCUACAUGGACCACGAGUAUCCCGUCAGGUCGGUCCAGAUCGCCAAUCACAUACGCCAGGUGCAGCAGGCAAAGGACAGUCAGCAGGACGAGCUGGACAACCUUAAGGAGAUGCGUGACAUGGUCCUGGGGGGUUUCUCCGACAUGAUUCAGGAGAAGAAGAAGAAAAUCCUGAGGUCUCUGGUGGUGAAAACCCAGCAACCCUAUGAGGAGGUACUUACGCUGAAGACACAGGAUAGCCGGCGCCUGCAGAGGUGCACAGUCUGGUUCAGAGAGGGGAUUCCUGCUGGCCUGGACCUUGCCUCGCUGGCCACCAUUGCAGGCCGUGACCCAUUAGCUUCUUCACAUGUCCCCUGCUCUACGCUAGCUGCUUCCCUUUACCCUCUGGGCCAUGAUCAGAGUUAGGGGACGAGGCUCCGCCCUCUCCGAGUGAGUAUCCAUCAGUUUUCAAGUCGAGGUCCCCAUCUCCACCAGUCCCUUUUUCUCACGUUGUGUGUCCCACCUCUUUGUCACCUGCCUCCAUUCUUCACUGUCCCUUCACCUCACUUGAAAGGCCCAUUCCUGGUCCUAAACCCAGCACGCCAUAGUGACAAGGCCCAUACCAUCUUCCCAGACACCUUCUUUUUGAGUGUUGUCCCUUUUCCCCAGGCUCGGACUUCACACUUCCUUUCUGUGUCUC